AUGGCGCCCCUCCCACCACCAUCUCCCCACCCUCUCCACCGCCGCAGCGCCGACGGAGGCCGCAUCGCCGGCCUCUUCAUCGGCACCCUCGUCGGCGCCGUCGUCACGCUGGCCCUCCUGUACGCCUGCUUCAACUGCGUCUUCUCGCCCAAGACGCCCACCAAGGCCAGGACAGGAAAAGGCCGUCGACGUGCUCGGAAAGGUCACCACCACCACCACCACCAUCACCAUCACAACCACAAACAUCAUCCGCGGGGCCACAAGCACCACGGCGCCAAGCAUGCUUCUUGUUCCCGCCAGACGCCUGCGCCCUCGCCCGCGCCGUGCCGCCGGCCGGAGUACAUGCCUAGGGCGCGCGCAAAGAGGUAUAGCCACAAGCAUGCGCGGCGCGGGCGAGGGCAGAGGCAGAGGGCGGUGUUUGUGCCGAUUGUGCCUGUGCCGGUGGGCGAGGAGGUGCUGGCUCCGCCUGAGGUGGCGAUGGAGCCGGGAUUGGAGGAGUGCUUUGAUCCGGCGGGGUGGUAUGAUCCGGAUAUGAUGGGCGGCGUGCUUGCUCCGGGGAUGGAGAUUGCAGGCGUUUCGAUCGCUGCCCAAAAUUCGCCGGCGAAUUCCUCCGUGCCCCAGUCCCAGGUGAAGGUCCAGUCACCGGGGCUCGGCCCGUAUGUGAACGUUUCAAGCCUUGGGAAACGGCAGCAGUCUGUGGUGUCCGUUGCUUUCGGGACUCUAGGUAUGCAGUCGUCGUGGUCCAGUGGUCGAAAACGAAGUGGACCGUAUUGGAAUUCUCGAUCGCUGGUAGUGGACUUGAUGAUUUCCAGCUCUUCACGGCCGUAG